AUUUCAAAAGGCUCUUGUAAUGACUUCAAAUGCUUCAAAGGCAGUGUCUUUUUGGGGUAACAGGAAUGUGAAUUAACUAAAAAUUCAACUUACAAUAUCUACUCAGUUAUAAAGACCUCAAUACACAGUCUAUUUUCUUCCCUUGGUAUACUAUCCCUAAAGGUGAUGAUGAUGAUGGUGAUGAUGAUGAUGAUGAUGAUCUGAGAAGGAGGAGGAGGAAGAGUAGGAGGAGGGAUAUCACCAGUUAAUAACCCCAGCCUCCUCUGCCUGUCAGCAUCAUGAUCGCAGAAUGUACCGGGACCCCUUCACCAGCGGAGCCGCGUCGAGAUGAGUGUCCGCGGACAGAGCUGCAGCCGGUGACGCUUGACAUUUCCUCCAUCCAGUAGUUGAUUUCUCCAAGCAGCGCGGUGUGAAGCUGGAGCCUUGGCACAAACACACACACACACACACUCUCACACACACUCACAGAGGUUGCCUCUCCGGCGCGUAAUUUGCUCCGACACAUUCCUCCGAGGCUUCUCCUUCCUUCCGUCUGGGGAUUUGAAACUUGAGGGGGACUUUACCGUCGCAGACAGAGAACAAAAGACGGACGGACUGGACGGAGAGUGUCGGUGCGGUGAAUGUAGCGGCAGGCUGGGUGUCAGUCUGCGGGGCGCACAGCGGUGCUGCUGGACCAGUCGAGAACGCACCAAGUCCCGUCCCACAUCCCGGUUUCCCCCCUCUGUCCUGAACACGGCAAACAUGAUUUUCCUCUGGAUUGUGCUUGUUCUUUUCUUCUCAGGUGCAUUGCCAUCCUCAGCAACCAACUUCCCCUACCCUCCCUCCCCCACUGACUGCGUUGAAGCUCAUCGGGUGUGCUCUGCCGACCCCCAGUGCGAGGCGUUGUACCGGGGCUUGGAGCUAUGUGCAGCCGAUGCAGCGGUGUCACCGCUGGGGGAGCAGGCGGCGGCAGAGUGCCUGGAGAGACAGGAUGCUCUGCUAGCCAAACACCCCUCUCUGUUGGCAUGCAAGUGCCAGCGCGGCUUCCGCAAAGAGGAGCAGUGUCUACGCAUAUACUGGAGGGUUCGCCUGCUGCCAGGGGAAGAUGAGCUGGAAAUAUCUCCCUAUGACGACUCACUAAUGGAUACUCGUAUGGCCUCCUUAGUGGCAGCCUCAUCUUUCAUGCAACUGGAUGGUGAGAACCAAUGCCUGAAAGCAGCUCAGGACUGUGGCUUGUAUGAGAAGUGUGGCUCCCUGCGAUCAGAGUAUGUCCUGGCCUGCACCAAGCGGGUGCCUCUAACCAACCGAUGCAACCAGCACAAGUGUCACCGAGCCCUGAGGCGCUUCCUGGAGCGGGUGCCUGAGGAGUACAGUUUGGGUGUCCUGUUCUGCCCCUGCACUAACACCCUGUGUGGUGAGAGGAGGAGGAAAACCAUUGUGCCCUCCUGCUCCUACCAGGAAAUGGACGGCCUGCAACCCAACUGCCUCCACCAGCAGAGCUUCUGCCGCCGGGAUGACCUCUGCAGGUCCAGACUAGCUGAUUUCCUUCAAAACUGCCAGCCAUCUCCUCUGACGGCCAGCGGCUGUCUGAGAGACUCAGCAGGCCUCUGUCUCCGAGCCUACGCUGGACUCAUAGGUACCAUCAUGACGCCCAACUACAUCAGUAAUAGCUCUGCAGACGUGUCGCUGUGGUGCAACUGUGAAGGCAGCGGCAACCAGUGGCAGGACUGUCUGAGACUGCAGCGCAUGUUCACCCACAACACCUGUCUGCGUAACUCUAUCAGUUGGAUGGGGAGCCCUGCUUCCCUGCCUGCCGACAUAACCCCCCCUCCUGCUCCUAGACCCUCCCCGCUGGUUCAGGAGGAUGAGCUGCUGAGCAACAACCACCUGCCUGAACACAACAACAUCGUGGAGGAGACCGAGGAAGAGGAGGAAAUUACACAAACCGAGGAGGAGGCUGAUGAAGGUGGCCAGUUUGACGUCAUCCCGCAGUACUCGGAGAGGGCCACCAUCUCUAACCUGGGCUCCUCUGUGGCUGGAGGGGCUGCAUCCCUCACCACUGGCCCUCCUAAACCCAUACUUCUGCUGCUCCUGCUUCUAUCUGCCUGCCUCAGCUGGGGGUAGAACAGAGGAUACAGAGAAGACACACACACACAGAGAUGCACACACACACUGGACCUGCCAACAAUCCUGGACUGACUGCUGUAAAAUUAUAAGAAACAUAGUGAAGAAACGGACUUCACCUUUUGUCAGUAGCAACCCCUUGAUUACCCACUCCUGCCCUUGCUUCCGUCCUUCCCUCUUUAUUUGAAAAUGGCACUUUGUUCAACAUCUGACUGCAGCUGCAGUGGUGCGUCUCUGUCAGGAGUACAGGAGCGCCAGUCGCAUUAGUGUUCACAUACUGCCAUCGACCAAUGAGCAUAAUGUAGUUGUUCCUGUCAUAGGUCAGGAGAAAUGUCUUGGUUUGAGUGGUUUGCACGGUUGUUAGCAUAUAAAUAUUAGCAGGCCAAGGUGUGUUAGCACAGUAACAUACUGGCAUGGAUUGGAGAAACUGUUCAUGUUAGCCUGCUAGUUGUAAUUAUGAGCAGAAUCUUAUCAAUUUCUGACAGCUACAAUAUCUCCCUAGAGGCAAACAUAUGAGUAAAAUACCAUAUAACACUAUGAAAUGAUGAUGGAACUAUUUAAAAAGGAGUUACAGCUUACACAGUUUGUCUGGUUUAUCUUGACAACUAGCUGCCACAAAUAUGUAGCAUAACAAUGGUAGCUAAUUUAGGCUACAUUUCAAUUCAUCUGGCGUCCUAUAAGGCUAGCUGUGGAGGUCUUGGAGAAAGUGCUCGCAAGUCAUAACAACAGGACGUUUUCCUGUUCUUCCCAUUCUGAGCAUGCUGUGAACUAAUCACUUUACCAUAGCAUAUGUUAUCGUGCUAAAAUAUUAGCAUGCAAACAAACACAAACUACUAUGUUGUUUACUGCUGGAAUCUUUUAUUUCAAUUUCAAUAUAUUCAUCACUUGACAAUUGGCUGCUUUUAUGUAACAAAUAUUUUUCACUUAGAAUAAUGAACAUUCCCAUGCUGACUAGCUACCUUUUUUCCCGCUAUGCUAGCAAUGUAAUUAAAUUGCUAGCCGUACAGCUUGGCUACAUGCUCCAGGCUCUUCAUUUGGCUCACUGAAAUUUUACAACAUAGAAGAAGAAAAUCUGAAAUGGUUGGUACAUUUUAUGUUGCCAAAGUGCAACAAAUACUUUUAAAGGUAAAGGACCAGAGUGAAAACACUGAAGACAUCCCCAAACAGCAAAAAUAUGUCUGUCCAAAAAUGAACAGUACAUUUUACCAUAUAGCUAGCCUACAUGUUGUCAAAGCAGCUAAUGAGUCAGGAGACACUCAAAGAAAGGAUGUGAGUGGGAGUCCUGUGUGAACACCUUAUACAGAUGUGCUCCACCACCACAGCUGCAGUUGGACCUUCUUGUGUGUCCGUGUUUCUUUUAACUUAUUGACGGAUGAUGAUUUGUGCCACUGGUUACGACUUACCUGUCCAUGGGUCAUCCUAACAAUGACUGAAGGGGGAAAGGGUGUUUGAUGUAUGAUACAUCAGUCAAACUUUAUCACGGUGAUGAAUGGAGCGAUCCGCCUGUCCCUGCCGCCGCCCCUAUUCUAUAGCCACGCUGAAAUGACAAAUUACACACUUGUCUCUCAUUGUUUAAUGAACAUCAAGUGCCAAGUGUGUUAUGUGUGUGUUUGUGUGCGCACAUGCAGGGAUCGGGCAGAGAGAUUGCAAAGAAAAUUGGGUAAAGCUUUUUGUUAUAAUUUGAGCCUUACAUCGUUUCAUCGUUCCCACCCGUGUCAGCACAGCCACACAUACGGUGCAGAUUUCCACACGCACACACAUACAUUUGCACACAUACUGCCUGCCACGUAUUGAGCCGAUGCAGCUCUUUCUUGCUUUAUUGCUCUAUCCCUGUCCCUAUCGCCCUCCCCGGUGACUCAGGGCCGAGACCCAAGCUGCCACAGGCACCGAUAUGAAUAAAGCCGUCAUAAUAAAAACAACACACCAGAAACAAUAUGAGCUCUAAAACGGCAGAACAAAUCAAAUAGCUCCCCAGCAGGCGAAAAACACACGCUACUUCUGACACCGACACAGAGACAAAAUGAAAAGAGUUAGAGAACGAGUGGGAGAGAGAGAGAGCGAGGAAGAGAUGUAUGGAGGACAAAUUAAGAAAAAAAAUAAGGCCAAGUCCCUGUGUGGUCUUUGUGCGUUUGAUGUUUUACUUGUUUUUAGUUGGAGGCUGAUAAUCAGUCCCUGACAACAUCUCUUUAUCAUCUGACAGGCUCCUGGGGGAAGGUGUGUGCAUGUGUGUGAGUGAGUGUGUGUGUGUGUGUGUGUGUGUGUGUUUGGGGGGGGUAUCAGGCAGUGAUAGAAAUAGUGUGCUAUAGCGAGAACAGAAAGGACCCUGGAGCACAAACAUAGCAGAGAAAAUCGCCGGCUCUUGAUUUUCUAUGUCUUAUAAAUCUUUUGCUGACACUAAUUUUUUUUUUCCUUGUUCCUUUCCUAUUUCUGGAGAACAUGUAAAAUUAACUUCCAUCUGCAGGGGCGCCAGUGAUGGUGGAGGGCAAGGAGACAGAGGAGGGAAAGAAAGAAGGAAUGAGAAACAGAGAAGGGAGAGAAAG